AUGGCGAGUGUACCACCACCGGCACGAGGCAAAGACAACGUCCAAUCACAAGGCUUGGUCUCCGGUGAUCUUCAUCAACUCCAGCAUGGCAAGGCUCCUCCGAGUGGUUCAUUUGAUACCGAAGCCUCUAACUUUGAUGGAGACACCGCUGUAGAGCGAAGAGAGCGACAUAAGUGGAUACCUGAGGAUGAUAUUUUGCUCAUCAGCUCGUGGUUAAACACGAGCAAAGACGUUAUGGUUGGAAACGAGCAAAGAUCAGACGCUUUUUGGUCAAGAAUUGCUGCCUACUUUGAUGCAAGCAGAGAGAGCGAAGCCACUGCUGCUACUAAGGAGAAAAGAAGUGGACAAAACGACAAUGAUGUUCUCAAGCUAGCACAUCAAAUCUUCUACCACAAUCACCAUAAGAAAUUUACUCUUGAACACGCAUGGAAGGAGCUGCGUAACGACCAGAAGUGGUGCAACCUUGCCACUGCUAAACAUCUCAGUUCGAAGAAGAGGAAGUGUGAGGACGCCGCAAAUGCGAGUUCUAAGAAGAAGGUGGCAGAGGAGAAUUCUCUGAAUGGGUUUCAGAGUAUGUGGACAAUCAAACAGCAGGAUUUGUUGAUUAAGGAACGGUUGUCUAAGAUGAGUUUGCUCGACAGUUUGCUUGGGAAAAAGGAACCUCUAGCUGAGCAUGAAGAGGCCCUCAAGAAGAAACUGAUCGAUGACUUGAUUUCUAGCUAG